AUGGAAGAAAGCGACGGUGGGGGAGAAACAUUUGUUUGGGUUAAUGGUGCAUCAGCUCAUUCCCAGAGUGUUGCCAAGGCCAAAUAUGACUUUUUAUUUGGUGGAUCAGAAAAUGAAACUACUUCAGAAUCUGGUAGCCAUGGAGGUAGUACUCUUCUCCCACACGACAUCAAUGAAUUCCUGGAAUAUGGGGCUGUAGAAGAAGGGGCCCAGACUCUGGAAAAGUCAUCUGAGGUUCAUGGGGAAGACAUUACGAGUGCUUUGGAUGGGCAGCGGAAGGAUCAGAUGCUCUGUGGGCCAUAUGAAAAUGGCAGCCCUGGUGAUGGACUGGAAACAGUUUCUGAGGCGUUGCAAAAGCCCCCCAAAGACGGAGAACAGUCCCAGCUUCUUGGCAAACAGAGUGAGGUUACAAACAUUUCUCAAGAUUUAGAAUCAAAAAAGGCCCAGGAUGGAGGUAGUUAUGUUUCUGGUUCAGAGAUACAAAUGGAAAGUGAGAGAAGGACUGGCAGAGCAGUUGAAGAGGCAGCCAGGGAGAAAGUUCUUGCAGGCCAAGAAAAGCCUUCAGAAAUGCCUCUUCCAUCUGAAAUAAUGGCAGAGAGGAAAUUGUACUGGAUCACAGAAGAAGACUCCAUGGUCUUAACUGUGGAAAUUCAGCCUGUGACCUUGCAAACUUCUGGUGGUGGAACUGAGGAAGUCCACAAAAUAUGUGAAAGGAGUAGUUGCAUACCUUUGGCUGGUCCAGAGGACAAAAACUUGGGCAUUGAUGGUGGUGUCGGGGAUGCCUGGGCAGAUUUUGAGCGGGAGUUUGCCAUGGGUGAUGUGGAAAAAACAGAACGGUUCCCUGAGAGGAGGAUAUCAAAAGAGACAGCCGUGAACAAACAUGUGGAAUUUCAAGGGGUGGAAAUUCUUUGGAUACAAAAAGCUGAGGAACAGAAGGAAAAGGGGCAUUCUGACAUGGGUAGUGUAGAAAGGAGAACUUUCUCCAACUUGUCAAACCAUCACACGUCAUACAUUCCCUCACCAGGAGUAAUUGGCUUGCCUGAUCGCCCUUGGAAUGUAUCCUGGGAAAACCUCAAGCCAUUGACAUCUUUGACAAAAGGUGAAGAAGAUGAAGUCUUUGCAACUGAAGAAAAGAGUUGGGCUCAGGAAGGAAAAUCUGUGCCAGACAAGGACAGGCUAAUGGAGGAGGAAGAAAUGCUCAGUGGGAGAAUGGAAGAUGUCCUUGGGCAACUCUCUGAAGUCUCAACAGAUGUGUACAGCUCCCAGUUUGAAAGCAUUCUGGACAAUGCAUCUUUAUAUUACAGUGCCGAGUCACUGGAAACGUUAUAUUCUGAGCCUGACAGCUACUUCAGCUUUGAAAUGCCACUUACUCCAAUGAUCCAACAGCGUAUCAAAGAAGACACUCAGUUUUUAGAAAGGACUCCUGAAGGGGAGAUGAGGAAGGACUCCUGCAAUGGAGUCACCAAUGGAUUUGGAGAUGUUAAAGGGUCAGACAUCGCUGCAGCUUGUCAUUCGGAAAGCAAUGCAAGGCUGGAAUGUACUACACCAUUAGAUGCCACGGGGGACAUGGGGAGCCAUGAUAUUCUGGAAAAAGAGGGACAUGAAAACCUGAGCCAUGACUUCAUCAAUGGCACGACCAGUAGCAAUGUGGAAGCAGCACAGAGGCUGGCAAAGCGCCUCUAUCAUCUGGAUAGAUUCAAACGGUCUGAUGUGGCAAAGCAUUUGGGGAAAAACAACGAGUUUAGCAAGCUUGUAGCUGAAGAAUACCUCAAGUUCUUUGAUUUCACGGGCAUGUCUUUGGAUCAUUCCCUCAGGACAUUUUUUAAAGCCUUUUCCCUCAUUGGAGAAACUCAGGAAAGAGAGAGAGUUUUAGUUCAUUUCUCCAGCAGAUAUCACCAAUGCAACCCCAGUGCUAUUUCCACACAAGAUGGAGUCCAUUGCCUCACAUGUGCAGUGAUGCUGCUGAACACUGACCUCCAUGGCCAUAACAUUGGCAAAAAGAUGUCCUGUCAAGAAUUCAUUGCCAACCUUCAAGGAAUGAAUGAAGGUACAGAUUUCCCAAGAGAACUCCUGAAG